AUGACAUCUUCAUUAUUUUCGACUGAUUUCAACGCUGCCGCGUUGUGCCCAAACGUCGACAAGGCCUGUCCAGUCUCUACUUCCCACAGGGUCGUCGCUAUUGCUGCGAAAACUGGACUUCAAGGAGAAAAUGACGGACUUGUGGAUAGAACUUUCGCCAUAAGAAGAGCGGAUGAUAACACGAAAAUUAGCGGUCGUGAAUGCCCGAAACUCGUCCUGGUAUCCUGCCGAAGAGAAGGGGAUCAACUCGUUGUCACUGGACCCGGAAUGGAACACGAGUUGCACGUUCCAGUGAAGAGCUCGGGAAAUGACACGAAACUUGAACUAUUUGGAACGUGGAUAGAUUGCCAAGAGGGAUCUGAAGAAGCUGCCAAGUGGUUUACUGAGUACUUGGGCCUGGAAGUCAAGCUUAGCAUCAAUGCAAACGGGCGUUUUCUCCGAGACAAUGAAAAGGAUUGGGCGCGCACGUGGCGCUUAGAAGGAGUUCCAGAGGAAGACCAUGAGACAGCUUUUGCUGAUGGAGCACCGAUUCUUAUGCUUAGUACGCAGAGCUUGGUGGAUAUCAAUUCAAGGAUUCAGCACAAGUCCUAUACCAUGAAGACCUUUAGACCAAACAUCAUCAUCUCGACAGAGAACGGAAAACCAUGGGAUGAAGAUGAAUGGUGUGGAAAGCUACAGAUCGGAGAAGCAAUACUGGCAGUUUCUAGCCCGUGUCCUAGGUGCAUCUUUACAACGAUCGAUCCUGAAACUGCGCAGAGAGACAAAGAGUUGGAGCCCCUCAAAUCACUUCGAAAAUUUCGCAUGUCAAAGGGAAAAGAUGCAAACUACGGCAUUGAUUCUCCUCUAGUUGGAGUCAACGUCGUUAUUAUCAAACAAGGAAAAAUUUUUGUCGGUGAUGAUAUCAUCCUACUCAACGAAUAA